AUGAAAAUAUUCGAUAUCAUAUAUUUCACCUGUGAUUGGGUCACGUACAUCGCCAUAUUAAUUGGCAGUAUUUUAUGUAAAUACACUGUUAAUGAUUUUAUCAUUGACAUUCACAAAAUCAACAAAGAUCUUAGGUCUAGCCGCUUCUACAAGCUGUAUGAUGAGGCAGAGCGUCAAAUUCUUCGUUUUCUUCGCUACGUUGACGCUCGUCCACUAAAGCAACGUGUGUUAGGUUUGUUACCUGUAGACCUGACUUUGCCUGUGUCUGUACUCAGCUUCUGCGUCACUUACUUGAUUAUGGUCAUACAGCUCACACAUCUAGAUUAG